AUGGAACCUCCAUAUUGGUCUCCGCAACCGCCCAAUGAUGAGCUCGUGUGCGGCUACCUUAAGGAGUCCUGGACGGGAGUUAAUCAACCAAGCAGGAACAAAAUCGACCCCAUCACCUUCUCUGACGCAAACGACCUGGUUUACCUCGACCCUAUUGCGCAAUCUAGACGUGGUCGCUCAAAAGCGAAGAAAAAGGACCUGCUGCCAGACUUGCUGAGAGGCGUCAUCGACACGUCCCCCGUGCGACACGCCCGGCUGUCAAUCCGCUCUGCUCAGCGCUCUUCUCAGGCCCAGUUACCAAACAUAAAGACUCAGAGAAAGGAAAUCAACAGCGACACUACCGAACCGCACCCCGGCUCACAACCAAACAGCAAAAGCCAACACCCCGAACUUCCUGCCUCUGAGGCAAUCGAGGUCUCAGGCUCUCAGCCAUGUACACCGCCGUGGCCACCUCCCCGUCUCCAAAAUCUUCACGCCAACGACCGCUCUGACUCCCCCGACGGUGGACAGCUGCCAUCCAAUUUUCCGCGCAAAUAUUUCCUCGCCAACGACUGCUCUGACUCUCCCGACGGUGGACAGCUGCCACCCAAUUUCCCGCGCGAAGAUGCCCUCGCGCUUCCGGCACUUCAGUCCCCGCCUAACGCGUCCCCUGUCCUUCCAUCGUCAGACGACGAUGUCGUCUUGGAUGAGACCCCACGCUUGGCUUUCCCGGUUCCCGACCUCUUGGUGAAGCUCAACGAGCUUGCAGUCUGA